AGGUUAGCACAUGUUUGGUAAAAACUUAAAAGCUGUAAGAGAAAGAACUACUGUCUAAUAUAUCCAGAUAGGGGAGAUUGGACCAGUAUCACGUGACUGGAUUAAGCGAGUACCACUUGACUGAACUCUGAACUUCCUAAUGUCAACUGGAAUACUGACUGUAAACCUCCGAAACUUAAUCAGAUGUCUUCCAAUGCUUAACUACAAUGGUAACGUGAGGCCACCUUGUUCCCGGAUUACGUCAUCGUUCCGAAUGACGUCAUCGUUCACUAAAUUGACAGCUCCGCUUUGGAGAUCAGCGACAAUCAACUCAAAAACAUCAACUCUUCGUUCUUCUUGUGGGGUUCUUGAUUCGAGAAAAUUUGUAUCAUCAAAAUCUGAAAAGAAAACUGUAAAAGUUCAAUUCAUUGACCGGGAUGGCGACUCUUUUAUAGUUGAUGCACAAAUAGGAGAGAACCUAAUGAAGGUAGCGCACCAGCACGAUAUCGACCUUGAAGGAGCAUGCGAGGGAACCCUCUCCUGUUGUACCUGUCAUCUUGUCAUUCAUCCUGACUGGUUUGAUAACUUGGGAAGUGAGCCUUGUGAAGAUGAGGAGGAUAUGUUGGACAUGGCAUACGGACUGACGGACCACUCCAGACUGGGAUGUCAGGUGAUUGUCCAGGAGAACUUUGAUGGGCUGGUCGUGAGGAUACCACCCUACGAGCCCCAAUACACGUGAUAAUAGAACACGUGAUAUGUACUAGAGCACGUGAUACCGUUUAAGUGUUUUCGAUUCUAUCCUUAUUAUCUACUCUGAAGAUAAUGUCGGUCAGUGGAGUGAGGCUAAUGUCAGCAAUUUGUGCAACUGUCAUCGGGAUGUUAAGAACCGUGACCCAUCUUGACAUUCUUGAGAAGCCGAAGAAAUCGGAAUGUUUCAGAGAGAAACAACUCUUAUUUAAUUUUUGUUUUUUAUAAGAUAUAGAUAAAACUUUAUAGGUGGAAUGUUCCUUGAUUUAGACUGAACAUUAAAUUUAAGUUUUUGUUGUAUGGUUAGCUUUUUGUGAUUAUGAUUUUAUUUUUGGAGGUUUGGUACUACAGUUGCCAAUUUAAUCCUUGUUUUCGCCCUUCAAUGGGGCAUGAA